GUUUGUCCUUUUCCUGGUGUUAGUGAAUAUCCUCAGCAAUGUCUUUAUCUUCCUUUGGCCCUUUAAUCAGUAUGAUCGCCUCGUUGUACCAAAGGUGCCGGGCAAUUUAUCAUUCGAACGCAGGAAGGCGAACGAAGUUGGAUGGAGUCGGAUGGUCAUCAGUCAUGAUAUCUUUAAGAAAUCAUAUCUCCAGCACAUCGACGUGGUAAGGAAAAAACAGGGCAAAGAGACAACAUCCCUUGUUAAAAAGAAUAGCAUUGGGUCAGAGCUCCGAGGAGGAUUUGGUUUUGACUUGCCGUCUCCAGCUGAGAAACCACUGUUGUUCAGAAAGUGGUUGGAACGCCCCGGGAGGUAUUGUGAUGGUAUGUUUACUGUGUACGGUCCAGGGGACGUGUUCGAACUGUUCAAUGUCGUGAUAGAUACGAAGCGAGCUACUGGCAACCCCGGCGGCGAGUCGUUAGCGAAAGUGCUCAGCCAGAAGGAGGACCAGGAGUUUUAUAAGUACAUUAGGGGCUUUCAUGUCCUUCCUUGUCAACCUAAUUAUAGUGACCCUCGGGCCAAAAACCAUAUCAAGGAAUGGCAAAAGACGAUUACAGGUGAUAAAUCACUGUAUGAAAAGUUUCAAAAUGCCACUUAUAUCGCAGGAAUGACUAUAGCAAUCACUAGGUACGAGUAUGCCAACGUGUACUGGACCAUUAUAGAUUUUUAUACCGUAUACCUUGUGACGAGGUUUUUCAACAUCCAUCCAAAGUUAGUGAACAUUCUGAUAGUGGACGGACAUCCAUUAGCCUCCUUAGAUCCGUUAUGGCCGUCCGCAUUUAAAUCUGUGUUGCGAUUGAAAGACCUCGGGACAGCCGCCAAGUUUGAGCGGUUAGUAUGGGCUAUGGACCGUGGCAAAACACCAUUGAUUGUCAAACAACAAACCGUCCCAAUUUUACCAGAAUUUCGAAGUUUUAUGCUUAAAAGUAACGAUGUCCCUGUGAAACAUUACUUAGACUGCAAACGGUUGAAUAUUUUGUUCGUUUGGCGACGAGAUUACAUUAAUCAUCCCAGAAACCCUGCCGGUGUCAUAUCUCGCAAAAUCACGAACGAGCGAGAGUUAGUUUUUGCAGUAAAAAGCGCUCAUCCGUUGUUCAACGUUAGGGAGAUUCUGUUGGAGACAAUGACGGUGCGGGAGCAAUUGAAUGCCUUUGCUCAAACCGAUGUUUUGAUUGGGAUGCACGGGGCGGGAUUUGCUCAAUGUAUCUUUCUGCAGCCAGGGAGUGCUGUCAUUGAAUUCUUCCCGAAGAACUUUGGUGAGAACUGGCACUUCGAGUAUCUCGCAAAGUGGAGCGGUGUGCAUUAUCUAAAAUGGAAGAACCGAGAUAGUAUCAAUGAGGAUACGGUGAAGAAAUCGACGAAGAUACCAGCCCAUGUGGUGGUUGAGAGUUUGCAAACGGUGAUGGGUCAAAUGUGUCAGAUGGAGAAAACGAGUUCUUCUUCAAAAGUGUCUGCUGCAAAGAAUGUGACUCUAUAAAUGAUUGGUUUGCCACGACACAAGUUGCAGUGGAGGCAUAGCUUCAUCUUCCACACUGGUCCUACGUACACUGACGGACGUAGCCCAAAGCCCCUUUUGUUAUUGGGUUCCAGUGUCAACAAAGUUGUUUAUGUACCUCAUUACAACUAUUUGUUAAUACCUCCAGUUAGACCAGGCUCCAAACAGGUCCAUCUCAAAGGUCCUAUCUGUGCCGUAUUGGGUAUGUUCGACUCGCUGUGUCUUCCUCGAGAAUAAAUCAUGUAGAUAGGCACUGGCCAGGCUGGCCAGGCUGGCCAACCAAAAUUCGGCGUUUUAUUUAAAGUCUCGAGCAAUGCAGCCCAUUGGACUUGACGUAUGCAUUGAUAUAAUUGUGAUUUUAGGGCAGCAACGGCAAUGAAUGCUUUCAGCCAUGUGAUGGGCAAUCAGAUCAAGGGCCAUCUGUUGCGAUAUUUGUAUAUUAUUCAUCAUUGCUGAAUAUUUGAUAGAAAAAUAUUUCAAUUUCGGGGAUUUUUUCUAACCCGCGCCCUUUACUUGAGCUUCGCUCGAUACAUGUGGGAGGCGGGCGCGCUACCCAUUGUGCCAUCACGUCAUAUUGAAAAUAACAUUUUUUUUUCUUUUGGGCCCUCAUUACCAUAGCUUUGACAUGUGACCAUAAAAAAUGAUCAUACCGUUAUGAAUUAUUUUAGUUGUUUAUAAAAGUGCGUAGAAAAUAUAUUCAUGUUUUUAAGCGCUUAAAGUCAAAUCAUUUGAUUAUUAUCAUUAAAAGUCUUGCGAGAUUGGUUACCACAACCAUGGAUUUUGUGCAAAGUUGCUACACAUUUUCAGCAAAUUUGGUUGGUAUGUCUCAGCUAUUGUCCUUAUCGGUAUGACACAAUGACAGCAGCAAAUAGGCGCGUAGAAGAGAAUGAAAUAAGAAAAAUGGUUCAAUGGUAGGGGUAGGAUAUACGUACUACAUGCAGCUCUUUCAGUUUUUCCAUUGGCGUAUCUGUGGGUGAAACUUUUUUGAUUAUUUUUGUUUACAAGUACUUUUGAAAAUUUCCCGCAGAAAGUGUAGAUAUUUGGUGGGAAGAUUAUUCGUGCCUUUCAAUGAUAUUUCAUAGCACACAGUAAUGUUUGUAACCGGAUAAAACAGGAUUGCGUCACAAUGUCAUCCUUACGCCACAACGGCGAGUUUGGCCGCCGAGCUACACACUACAAUGUAAUGAAUGUGAAGCUGUUCACUGAUACGCUACCUGCAAACGGUGGAUUGGCGGUCGCCAAACCUCGCAAAUUUUGUGCCGUUAGGCUUAGCUGCCGCUUUGCCACAACCGAGUUGGAACCUCACGGGCUCCAUCAUUAGCCAGGUCCGCUAAGUUUUAGCUGCACCCCGAGGGUUCCGCCAAGUAAAGUUACGGUCACUAGCGGUCGCUGAACCAACCAGGCUUUGAACAACUGGGCCCUGAAGUCAGCGACGUUAGAGACGGAAUCCGUUCAAUAACAGUGACAGGUAAAGCAAAACCAAAAAUGAAACAAGAUGACGAUCAGUGGCGGCAAGGUAUAGGGUAAGAUACUUCAGAAUUUUUAUCACUGCGAAAGUGCUUGAUUCAGUAUCCUGUACCCCAAGGAGGUCAUGCUGCCCUGCACAUAUCCGGUUCGAGAGAUGAUGAGUUGUUUGGAAAAGGUUAUGGCAGUUGAAGCCAGUUGGAAAAUGGCUUAAAAUCUAUAUUAAAGGUGUGACUUCUUUGCCAUUAUCACAGACAUCUGCUCCGGGGCUUGGCCGAUUUAAAUGCCCGAUGUCCGUACAUGUAUUUCUAUUUAGCUGCAUGUAUAUGUCGAUGAAAGAACUUGAUCGAUGAUUUCUUUUGAUAGUAUCAAGACGAGUUAAAGAAUUAAAUUUAUACUUUACUCAGUAUUAUAUCACAUUUAAAGGCGCCAUUGUCAACCGACUAUGUUAACAUUGAAAAUAUUCCAAUUCCACGAACUGAUAAAGGAAAGGCUUUAUACAUGUAAUACUACUGCUGAGGCGCGGAACAUUUUCAUCCAUGUUAUAACAAUAUAGUGCUGCCUUGCAUUGCAUUCAUCCUGCAUUGAUGGCAAACAUUAUUCAAAACUUUUUCACCCCAUAGUUUGGGAAAAUGAGAUAUUACGUCCAUCAUGAUCAUUUAUCGGUUGUCCAUUGAGGAAUAAAUCUAAUGUCUAUUACUUUUCUUCAUUGGUAGGCCUACCUCAGUCAGUUGUUAUUCCGUCGGUUUCAAUAUGACCAUCUGUUUUACAAAUACCGUCCGUAUUGUAACUUUGAGCUAUUUCAUGACAUUUCGAUACAUUUUGUGACAAACAU